CCUUUCCGCCCAUUUUCUCUCUUUUUGCGUUUCUCUUCUCUUCUUCAACUGCGGAGAAAGAGGACCAGAGAGAGAAAGGGGCGAAUAAGUAACAAAACUACCGGAGCGUUCCUCGCAUCGUCCUUCUUGGAAUCUCACCGUCGCCGUCAGGGUUUUUGUUGGGGAGCUUCAUUGCUAUGGCUACUGCAACUGUCUUGUCUUCUGGUCCGCAAUAUGCACCACCAGACCCAACUCUUCCUAAACCAUGGAGAGGCCUGGUUGAUGGUAAAACUGGGUAUCUCUACUUUUGGAAUCCAGUGACCAACGUUACGCAAUAUGACAGGCCUAGAAGCUCAGAUGAUGCUCUGGCAAAGUCUUCUUUGGUGUCCCUAAGUUCUUCAGUUCAGGUUCAGAAAUCUUCUGAAGGACAUCAUGGUCAUGGUCCUGACAAGAUGGAUGAUAUGUAUGACAGAGAUGCUAGUGGUGUGUCAAGGAGCACUCAGAGUGCAAGAAGUGGAGCAGUUCAUUCUCAUGCGGCCCCAAAUCUGACAGUUGGAGGAAUUGGUUUAUCCCCUGAGGCUUAUCGUUGUAAGCAUGAGAUUACUGUAACUGGACAUGAUGUGCCACCUCCUUUUACAUCAUUUGAAGCUACUGGCUUUCCCUCUGAGAUACUUAGAGAGGUACUCAAUGCUGGGUUCUCUGCCCCAACUCCAAUUCAGGCUCAGUCAUGGCCAAUUACAUUGCAAAGUAGAGACAUAGUGGCUGUUGCUAAAACAGGUUCUGGAAAAACCUUGGGUUACUUAAUUCCAGGCUUUAUUCAUCUCAAGCGCUGUCAUAAUAAUUCUCAAAUGGGUCCAACGGUGUUGGUAUUGUCACCUACGAGGGAGUUGGCUACUCAGAUACAAGAUGAAGCUGUGAAAUUUGGGAAGUCGUCUAGAAUUUCUUGUACAUGUUUGUAUGGAGGAGCGCCAAAGGGUCCUCAGUUGAGAGACAUAGAGAGAGGUACAGAUAUUGUGGUUGCCACUCCUGGCCGGUUAAAUGAUAUUCUAGAGAUGAGAAAAAUCAGCCUCCAUCAAGUAUCUUAUCUUGUCCUAGAUGAGGCAGAUCGCAUGUUAGACAUGGGUUUUGAACCUCAGAUACGGAAGAUUGUCAAAGAGGUGCCUGCUCGCCGCCAGACUCUAAUGUUCACAGCAACAUGGCCCAGGGAAGUUCGGAAAAUUGCAUCUGAUCUACUUGUCAAUCCUGUUCAAGUCAACAUUGGCAAUGUUGAUGAGCUUGUGGCAAACAAAUCCAUCACUCAGCAUGUUGAAGUAUUGUCCCCAGUGGAGAAACAUAGGAGGUUAGAGCAGAUCUUGCGCUCCCUAGAACCAGGAUCAAAAAUCAUUAUUUUUUGUUCAACCAAGAAGAUGUGUGAUCAACUCGCUCGUAACCUUACUCGUCAGUUUGGAGCUGCGGCCAUCCAUGGGGAUAAAUCUCAGGGUGAGAGGGACCAUGUGUUGAAUCGGUUUCGUACUGGGAGGACACCUGUGCUUGUUGCCACAGAUGUUGCUGCUCGUGGACUGGAUGUUAAAGACAUCAGGGUGGUUGUCAACUAUGACUUUCCAACUGGAGUGGAAGAUUAUGUUCAUAGGAUUGGAAGGACUGGCAGGGCAGGUGCUACUGGAGUGGCUUACACUUUUUUUGGUGAUCAGGAUGCAAAAUAUGCUUUGAAUCUCAUUAAGAUUCUUGAAGGGGCUAACCAGCGAGUUCCUCCAGAAAUCCGCGAAAUGGCUUCACGUGAUGGUGGAAUGGGCCGGCUCAAACGUGGGUCUUUUGGUUCAGGUGGGCGUAAUGGAGGCCGUGGCGGACGUGGUGGUGAUUCUGGGUAUGGUGGAAGGGGUAUUUGUGUGAAUUCUACAUCCUCUAAUAGGCCAGAGAGAAGUGCGGGACGUGGAUAUGGUCGUGAAUCACGUGACAGGUAUGGCAACGGUUACAAUGAUGGUGGCUAUGACAGGGGACGUAGUCGCAGUCGAAGUCCUGCAGGUUGGCGUGAUCGCAGCAAUAACUGGAGCAGUGAAUCCAACCGUAGCCCCAAUAAACCUGCAGCUCGGGAACGCUCCCCAGUGUGCAGUUUUCACGAAGUAAUAUUGAAACGGAGCCAGAUUGCUCCAUCAUCCUGGUAGUGUGAGAUUAUCCAUCCUGAAAGGUCAAGAUCACCUUAUGGUGAUAAUCUGGAAACCGUUUGGGGGUACGGAGGAAGGCAUAAUUCCAGCAAGAUGAAGACGGCACGAUACCUACUUAGGAUAAUGACGAAAGUCAAUGAUAACUACUAAAGUCAUAUGUGGAAGGAUUUAGAUUUUUUUCCCCUUUGCAUUCAGUGUCCUUUAUCUCUUUUAAGAUUUCUUUGUUUUACUAUUUAGAUUGCAUAAUAUUUUUUUUUUUAAGUUUAAAUGGCUCAGUCAGUAACAUGGCGGAGGGUCAGAGGCUUUCAGUUCUUCGGGGCUAGUGGCUCGUGCUGAAGGGCUGAAGUACCGGAAGGUAUAUGCCAUCCAAUAAUGGCGACAUCGUAUCUCUCUGUAUCUGUUAUGUAAUUGUACUCUUGUUACAUGAUGGUUAUCUCUGUAGUUCUUUCAAAGUUCUUGCAGCUUUAUACACGUGUCAAGUAGAAAUUCU